GUCGAUUAGAAAGGCCUGCUCGCUGAAGUGUUUCAGGGAGCGUUUGACAGUGUUGAGUGGAGGUCGUUUGACCGCUGACCCAUUACACCCUGAGUUAGAAAGACAGAGUUUGUGAGCCUGUGUCCCAGACUCCCAGGUUCAGAGAAAGAGUGACUGUGAUGGAGUUUUCUACCAUGAUCAUAUUCAUUUUAACGCAAUCAUAGUUUCCCUGUCAGCUGGGUAUACCUACUGAUUAAAUAAUGGGUAUAGCAAAUACGAGAACCUAACAUCGACAAUAACCAGUAGAUGUCGCUAAUAAAUCAUGUCAAAACCAGAAUUACCCAAUUUCAUCACAGAGCCAGUAUGUUCGCAAUGUCUACUACACACAAUCUCAUUAACUGUAACAUUUAUGUAUUCAAUGUCUAUAAAACGAGGAAUUAAUCAAAAGUAAAUUCAAAUAUCGACCAUGUGUACGUAAAGUCACAUCACAGUUGUAAAACAUUUAACUCCAAAGGGGGCUGUUUUACAAUUAACUAAGGAUGUAUUCAUUAUCUGCAAUUAUUCAGGAUAGCGUUUAAAUAAUAUGUAUCAUUAACUGUCCAAUAGCCUACAGAAGAGCCUUAGUAACAAAACGGCACUUUCGUUUUUAAAUCAAAACUCAUCCUUCUUACAAUUCAUAAAUGCACAACGUAUUCAAUGACAGUCAGAAGCCAAUUUAUUUCUGAUUAAUUAGGUAAAAAAUAUUACGUAGAAUAUUAAGUGCAAUUACAUUCUGUUUUCACUGAUUUAAUAACACGUUUUUUCUAUAUAUGCACUCAUACAGUGAGCCGUAGAAACAAAGGUGAAACCUGUAAAUCACGGAGCCAAUCAGCGACCUGCAAUUUGUUUAGGGCUAUUAAAACUCAAGGCGGUCUUUUCUGUCUUUCCCUCAGUAUGUUCGGAUCUGUCUCUCCGCCGUUAUGGGAUUAUUAUCACACAUCGACAGGAUCUGAAUGAAGGCUACUUUUGCAAAUGAAGUCUUGGGUUUACAUGUUUAGAUAGCAGUACCUCACAAAGCCAUCUGUACAGACAUCGCAAUAACGUGUAAGAGGUUUGGGUACCAUAUGAGAACAGUGGAGCUGAUCACUCAAGUUGUACUGCGGAGUACACCAAGACCAAGGGACACUUUACAAUGCCAGUACUACCAAGUCAGGAGAUUGCCACCAGAUUCAAGGAGAAAUGGAUGAAGCUUCACCCAGAAGACCAAGACAAUGAGAAUGGUUCAGUGCACCUGGAUGACAGUCUCACCAGCCUUCAAUGGCUCCAGGACUUCACCAUAGUCAGUGCGAGUCUAGAAAGCAUACCGGGCUCCACUUGCCAGCCGUACCAGCUGCCUCAGCCCAGCCACCUGCACCCUCAGGGCUCCGACUCCCCCUCCAGUCCACCUGCUGGGGACACUGCAGCCUCCGGCAUGCCUCAGAGUGUAGGCAGCCCCAUCACCUCCAGUGCCUCAGCCAACAGGACUAGUUACUACUCACUUCACCCGACAGUGACCAACCACCACCAGAUCACUGUGCCAGCCAAGUCCCUGGAGGAGGUAGACUUCAAGACCAACCACGAGGUGAAGCCUCCCUACUCCUACGCCACACUGAUCUGCAGAGCCAUGCAGGCUGGCAAGAAGAACAAGAUCACACUGUCUGCUAUCUAUAACUGGAUCACAGAGAACUUCUGCUACUACAGACACGCUGAGACCAGCUGGCAGAACUCUAUCCGUCAUAACCUGUCACUCAACAAGUGCUUCAUGAAGGUUCCCAGGCAGAAGAAUGAACCAGGAAAAGGGGGAUUCUGGCAGAUUGACCCUCAGUACACGGACAUGUUUGUCAAUGGAGUCUUCAAGCGCAGGCGGAUGUCAGCCAUCCAUUUCAACACCCAGAGACACAGCAAAACCCAAGGAUCAUCCCGUAACCGGAAAACCCAGGAGUACCACCAGCAUUUUCAACAGGCCCACUACACAGUGUCCCACAGAGGAGCAGGUGCUGGGAACAGAUGCAAACUUAGUGGCACAAAGUGGGAGACAGUCCAUAAGUCACCACUGUUGACACCGGAUCUCAUGGAACCAGAGGCACUGAAGGGUGAACUAGACUGGGCCAUGGUGUUUGACGAUGUUCUGAAUGGGAGCAGCAAUAACUUUGAGGAUCUAGACAUUAACUUAGCUCUGAACUCCCUGGGGUGUAAGGUGGAGCUCUCCCAGCAGGAUCAAGGCCGGGCCUGGCACCUGGGGAGGUGGUGCAGCGGAGGGGCUGACCGGGACCACCAGCAGGCCUGCAGGUACAUGGAGGUGACCACCAUGGGCUGCUACAGCAUGGAGGAGAUCCAGCAGCACCUCAACCUGACUGGGCUGCAGCAGCCGCUCCCUUUGACGGUCCACCCACAGCACUUUGAGGAGCUGACACUGUUCCCUGAUGAGCAGCAGAGGCACCCCUGGGAGGAGCUGAAAGAGGAGGUGCAGGCAGUGCCUAUCACCCUGGACCAUAGUCUCAGCUUCUGUGAAGGCUUCUUCACUGAGAUGCAGCCAUGGGGGACAGCAGAGUCUUAUAUGUGACCCUCACCCUCACCCAACACCAGCCCCAAUACUGAAAAAGCAGUCCAGCAGGAGGCCAGACGACCUAUAGACUACUGUUUUGCUACAUUAGCAUCAUGGAUUCAUUCAGAGAAACAUACGUUAAUUGAUUUUUUUCUUUAAAAAAAAAAAUCUGAGUCACAUUUACUGUGUUUUUUAUGUUCAUUUUCUAUUUGCUUUUUAAUUGUUUGCAUCUAUGACAUAAACAUGCUCUUUUUAACGUAGCAUUGAAUAUCUGUUAUAGAACUAAAUAAAUCUAUCCUAAUUAGCAACCACUUAAUUCCAAAAAUCUAUACACUAAAAUCUAUACACCGGUCAAAAGUUUUAGAACACCUAGUCAUUCAAAGGUGUUUCUUUAUUUUUUUACUAUUUUCUACACUGUAGA